GAAGUCCCGAGCUUCGCAGACAUUCAGAUGUUUCACCGGCUUCAUUAAAAGAGUUAGAAAAACUCAAGGGUGCUAAGACUUCAGACACAGAUUGGAAAAAAGGCCACAGUGCCGCACCAAGCAGAUCUUCCAGUCCGCCAAGACGCAUGGACCUGGAAACAGCUGCUUCGAGGAUAGCUUCGAGAAGGCCUUCCAUGAGGAUGACACGCCAGCGUAGUUAUGAUGACGAAAUCAAAUCAUUAAACAAUGAAUUAAAACUUAUGGAACCAAGCCUGGGAUUACCUGCCCCUAUGCCCCGAAGGAAAUCGGCCUACGACGUUUACGCUCCGGGAGUUCUGGCGGCUGCUUUGCAAUCUGCUUCAUUCAAGGAACCAGAUACCCCUGGAUCACGACGACCAUCUUUCAAAAUUCCAAUUUCUGACAACAGUUUAGAUAACGAAGAGUCACCAAGUCCUGAUCACAUCCAGUCAGCAUUAAUGGUGGACGAAGAACGCAGGAAUAAAAGAAGAGGGUCUCAGUUACCAGAUAUAUCAGCGCUUAAGAACAAUCAAAAUUCUACCAACAUUUCAAUUUAUCAAUGUCCUGCGUUAGAGGAUUUGGAAGCUCCUCGUCGGCAGACGUCGUUAGAUGGCGAAGCAAUCAAGAUUGUCAUUCAUGAUGUUGAUUCAGGUUCACUUUUUGCAUCGAAAAGAAGAGUCAUAUUGCAGAAGGACCACGCAGAUAAAGCUCAUAGAACUCGUGGAUUUGGAAUGCGCGUUGUUGGUGGAAAAACUGGUACGGAUGGUCGACUUUUUGCGUAUAUUGUUUGGACAGUCCCUGGUGGACCAGCUGAAAAGGGUGGUUUACAGCAGGGAGACAAGAUAUUAGAAUGGUGUGGAACAUCUUUAGUCGAUCGAAGCUUUGAAGAAGUAUGUUCAAUCAUGGAUAGAACCGGAGACAUUAUCGAGGUACUAGUUGAACAUGCUACGGAUUUCAGAAUGUGUGAUCUCUUAGAUGACGGCACUUCAGGAAAUUCUAGCAAUCAAAUGAAAUCCAAUACAGAAAUGUCAAAUCUUGGUCUAACAUCAGAAAACGAACCAGUUGCUGACAAGUCUCCUUCAUCUCCAACUAGGCGGAAACUUCCAAAAACUCCGGAACAACUCGCUAAAGAAAAACAGGUAUCUGGCCGAGUCCAAAUACAAGUGUGGUACCAAGGAGAUAAAAACGAACUGGUAGUAUCUCUGAUGGCCGCAGAUGAUUUGCCACCUCGUGAUGAGUCGCUGGGAUAUGGAGGAUUACCCGAGGCAUACGCCUCGAUCAAAAUGUUUCCAAAAAUUAACGAAACGCACGUUAUGCAAACUGAGGUAUCAUCACCCUCCUUGAACCCUAUAUGGAAUGCGACAUUUACGUUCAGAGCAAUUCCUAGUGACUCUCUAUUUGAUCGACACAUCGACAUCGCAUUGCACGAUUUGCUUCCGCAAUCAGAGCCAAUUUUUUUAGGCGAAUGUAAAGUCUUGCUUCAGAAAGCAUUCUUGGAUGAUGUUGCUGUUUGGUAUCGUCUCGAAGACCCUAGGCAAUUGCGCGGAGCUCCUGCAAAAACGAACUUGUCAUCUCCUAGGAAUUCCAUUUCUGGCGAUGUAUCAAAACUAAUAAGAGGUUCUGACUAUCGAUUUCAUCGAUCGGUCUCGGAAGACACUGAAAGCAUAGGAGAUGGCAGCUCUCUGUUGCAUCCCGACCAUGCCUGGGCUUUCAACAGAAGGGGCUCUUCACAAUCAGAAACAUUAGAAAUAGAGACCUACCAGCUUGGAAUAGAUUUUUCCAAAUCGUUGCCUGGUUCGAGACGAUCAUCAUUCCAAGAUCAGGAAAAAUAUAAAAGCGGGGACAUAUCAUUUUUUGGCUACAAUCGAGAACGAAGAAGAUCUUCUGUUGCAAAGCGCAACCAAGAUGAGAUUAAACGUUCUUUUAAUCAGAGUAGAGGAGAAUUCACACGAACAAUGAGCUUAUCUCGCGAACUUGAACGGAAAAACUCGAAGAAAACACUAAAUCCAAGUUUAACCGAAAGAAACAACGAGCAAAUCGAACGAAUGGUUUCCAACAUUAAAUUUAAAACAGACAGUGCACGUGAUUUACACAUGGAUUCCAAUACCAGCAUGUAUAUCAACAGUAUAGGGCCGGGUCAAAUACUGCCAAAAGACCAAAAACUCAAUCUUAGGUGUGUUGGAGAGCUUCACCUAAAUGUUUCUUUAGAGAAGGCAAUGUUAGAAUUGAAGGUGAUUGCAGCGAGGAAUCUAGUACCAGCGAACUCUGAUGCUACCCCAGACACUUAUGUAAAAUGUUAUUUGAAGGAUGGCGAUCGGCUGAGACACAAAAAGAAAACCAGAGUUGUGAAAUAUUUACCAGAACCAAGAUACAAUCAAGUGUUGAAAUAUUCAACAUCGGAGCUUUUUGGAAGGACUAUUUUAGUCACCGUUUGGCAAAAAUCGCUGGUACCCCUUGUUUCCAUCUCAACACGUUCUACCCAACACAAAUGAUUCACCCUAAAAAUAACGUGUAGCUGAUUGAAUUGAAGCCUGCGGAAUGGUUAUGUGUUGCUGGUAUCACAAAUGAAAUUGUGAUAUACGUUAGGUUUUGGCGUAGCUUACAUGACAGAUCUAGUAGAUGGCGAGUCACUCAACUACGCAGCCUGGUGGGCUUAGAUGCUCUCCAUUUAUGCUAAAUCUGUGAAAUAAAAA